AUGUUCGGCGCCGCGGCCGCUGUCCUAGGCUUUGCCAGCGUCCGCGACGUAGUGGUGACGUACUCUGAGGCCCUGGCCUUUGCCGAGGCGCACAGGCGCCGGCGGCUUGAGCUCGAAGCGUCGGGCAGGAGCGCACAAGCGGUCAGCUCUGUUGCCACACAUCACACCUACACCGUCGCCGUCGGCGACAGCUGCUACUCCAUCGCGCAAAGCCAAUGCAGCGACGGCAGCCGCUGGCAGAGCGUGAUUUGCGGCCAGAGUGAAAGCACCUGCACCAACCUCCAAGUUGGAGAACAGAUCUCAUACUCUUGCGCAGGGUGCGGUGGGGGCGGCGUCAGUCCCAGCGCCACGCCCAGAAGCGUGAGCGAUGUGAAAAUCACUUUCUACGCUUGGGACGACAACUGCGACAAUGGCUGGUCGCGAGGCUGCGGCAACGCAAACACGAAGUACAGCCGCACGGGCAGCCUGGCUGGUGGCACUGCCGGCGGCAAUGGCACGUACUCCGACCCAAUUACACUGGCCACUAACCCGAACUUCAUCACGCCUGGCACGCGCGUCUACAUCCCGUUCUUCCGCAAGUACUUUGUCAUGAUGGACCGCUGCUCGGGGUGCAUCGAGUCUCACGAGGACUGGGUCGACCUUUGGAUGGGCGGCCUUCCUCUCAAUGGCGUGAAUGUGAACCAAGCGGCGUCCGACCACUGCGAGAAUAGCCUCACUCCAGAGAACCAGCGGAUCGUCCUCAACCCAGACGACGGCAUGGCUGUCAGCACCAGCCCGUUCUUUGACUGCGCCGGACCAGCGUGCACUGCGAGCGCGUGCUGCACGACCUGUCUCUUCGCCGACAACAGAUAG